UUUUUGCUUCUUUGCAUGGUUAUAUUAUUUUCUUCUUGUUUGUUUUCUUCUGCUACUGAAGUCACGUAUGAUGAUCGAGCUUUAAAAAUUAAUGGAGAAAGAAAGAUUAUAUUGUCUGGCUCUAUUCAUUAUCCUCGAAGCACUGCUGAGAUGUGGCCAUCUUUGAUAAAGAAAGCCAAGGAAGGAGGUCUUAAUGCAGUUGAGACCUAUGUUUUUUGGAAUGCUCAUGAGCCUGUAUAUCGUCAGUAUGAUUUCUCGGGCAACUUGGAUCUUGUAAAGUUUAUCAAAUAUAUACAAAGUGAAGGACUUUAUGCCAUAUUGAGAAUUGGUCCAUACGUUUGUGCUGAAUGGAAUUAUGGAGGGUUUCCAGUUUGGCUAAACAACAUACAAAAUAUGACUGUUAGGACCAACAAUGCUCCAUUUAUGCAUGAGAUGAAGACUUUUGUCAGCAAGAUUGUUGACAUGAUGAAAGAAGAAAAACUAUUUGCUUCUCAAGGAGGACCAAUUAUCCUUUCUCAGAUUGAGAACGAAUAUGGCAAUUGGCAAGUUGAAUCUGAAUAUGGUAAUGAUGGGAAAAUAUAUAUUCAAGAAUGUGCAAAAUUUGCUGAAUCUCUCAACAUUGGUGUCCCUUGGAUUAUGUGUCAACAAGAAGAUGCUCCAGACCCUAUAAUUAAUACAGCAAACGGUUAUUAUGCUGAUAACUUUUAUCCAACACGCAAGAUUCCUAAGAUGUGGACAGAAAAUUGGACUGGCUGGUUUAAGGACUGGACUAAAGGUAAAGAUCCUCAUAGAACAGCUGAAGAUGUUGCAUUUGCUGUUGCUCGUUUUUACCAAAAAGGUGGCACAUUGCAAAAUUACUAUAUGUAUCAUGGUGGUACUAACUUUGGUCGUGUAGCUGGAGGACCUUAUAUUACCACAACUUAUGAUUAUGAUGCACCCCUUAAUGAAUAUGGACAAUUAAACCAGCCUAAAUAUGGACAUCUCAAAGAGCUUCAUGACAUACUUUUCUCAAUUGAAAAGUUACUCACAUAUGGCAAUGCAUCAACUAAGUCUUAUGGCAACGACGAUUGGCAAUAUACGAGUACAGUGUAUGAGUACAAUGGUUCAAGGGCAUGUUUCUUAGCUAAUGCAAAUGACAAAAAUGAUUAUACAAUGAAUUUUGAAGGCAAAAAUUACACUGUUCCUGCUUGGUCAGUUAGCAUUCUUCCUGAUUGUUCCAGUGUCAAUUAUAAUACAGCAAAGGUUAAUGCUCCAAAAGCUAACAUGAUGAGAAAGAACACUGCUGAGAAUUCUAAUGGAUUAAAUUGGAGUUGGAGACCUGAGAAAUCUUUACACUUUAAGCUUCCUUAUUUCAACAAUAGCAAAAAAGGUGUUUUCUAUUUCAAUCAACUCCUUGACCAAAAAAUUAUGGGAAAUGAUACAAGUGACUACUUAUGGUACAUGACAAGCGUGGAUAUUAAAGAAUCUGAUCCACUUUAUGGUGGUGAAGCAAUUCUUGAAGUUAACACAGAUGCACAUGUUCUUUAUGCAUUCUUCAAUGGCAAGCAUAUUGGGACUAAAUGGUCGAAAGGUGGAAGUUUCAGUUUUGACUUUGAGCAACUUGUGAAAAUCAAACCUGGAAAGAACACAUUAUCUCUGCUUAGUGUCACUGUGGGAUUACCAAAUUAUGGAGCCUAUAUUGACAAAGUCAAGAAUGGAAUUCUUGGUCCUGUUAAGUUGAAAUCACCAAAUGGUAAUGUGAAAGAUUUGAGUAAUAACCAAUGGGAGUAUAAAAUUGGAUUAGGAGGGUUUGAAAGAAAGCUUUGGGAAGAUGAAGAUAGAAAAUGGAAACCAGCUCAAACUCUUCAAACAAACAGAAUGUUUGUAUGGUAUAAGACAACAUUCAAGACUCCAUCUGGUGAUGACCCUGUUGUGUUGGAUAUGAUGGGAUUGGGAAAAGGUACUGCUUGGGUAAAUGGAAAUAAUAUUGGUAGAUAUUGGCUUGAUUCUUAUGAUUUUGAGAAAGAGACUGGCUGUGGCGGUACAUGUGAUUAUCGUGGUAAUUAUCAUCCUGAUAAAUGUGCAACUAAUUGUGGACAACCUACUCAACGCUGGUAUCAUGUACCAAGAUCUUUCUUGAGUAAGAGUGACAACAAUUUGGUGAUAUUUGAGGAGUUUGGUGGACACCCUAAAGGAGUAAAAGUUCAAACAGUUUCACAAGAGUAGUCUCACACAUGGAUACUUAGUUUAUCUAGCUUCUAGUAUGAUUUCUAGAUUAGAUAUUUAGAAAAAGUUUAGCAAGAUUUAAGGAAUUCUAGAUGUUCUGAUUAUAUUUUCAUCAUCAUAUAUGGAAUUUUUACUUGUCAUUUCAAUAUCUAGAUUCUGGAUGCUUAUCUCUUACAACUUGAG